UUGGACCUGGGUCGCCAGCAGCCUCACGAUGACAAACAAAGCGUCAUUCCAUCGAAGCCGCUUCUUUCUGUGAACAGCCGCUCGUUUUCAAGCAUGGUCAAACCAUGCACAUCAAUGGAAACCAGUGUCUCAGGGGACCAAACGAGUGUAUUUCCACUGGAAGAACCAUCGGCGGCGCCUCGCUCCCCGCAGCCGCAAAGCCCCCCCCUCACCCCGUUGGAGUCGCAAGAAGCCGGGCGAUCACGGUGGAGCUUCGCCGUCGUCAACGUGUUCCUGUA